AAUGGCAUAUGUCUAACGUUUACGAACCAGCGUGCGAUGCCUGGUGAAGCCGCAAUAUCAAUGUUGUUUCUGGCACGGGGCGGCCCUAUUCGACUGCCGAACCCCCUCCCGUUUUUUGGGUUCUGAAAAGAACCACCACCACCGUUCAGAGGGCAAUGUCGUCUUCUGAUGGCAAUAAUACACCUAGCCCAUCCAGUGUUGCCUCAUCAUCGCAACAGCCACCCGCGUUACCAUCUAGCUCCUCAUCAUCUCAACUACAACUAACUACUACCAAGAAUACCGUAAAAAGGGAGUCGCCGCAAUUGAAAGUCGAAAAUCCUCUCAGAGCUAGUUUUUACAGCACACCGAAGCCAUUGGCUCCACCUACUUCGAUAUCCGAAUGGCAAUUAUUGGCUGUGUUACAACGAGCAAAUCUUGUACAGUACUACGAUAUGUUUAUAUCACAAGGAGGAGAUGACAUCAAUCAAAUUAUGCAAUGUGAUGAAGGAGAAUUUUUGGAAAUUAUGUCACUUGUAGGAAUGCUUUCAAAACCGUUGCAUGUCAGGCGGUUACAACGAGCGUUGACAGAGUUCUCGAAAGAUCAAACGUCCUUUAACUUGGCCGCCAUACAACAAAUCGGUCCACCUCCUGUCUCACCAUAUGCCUUGAGUGGUCCUGAUAUGUCGUUUUUGAUGCCAGGUUUUGCGGCAACGCUGUCAAAUUUAUCGUCGACGUCGCCAGGAUUGGCUUCAACGUCGACAGAGACGACGUCGCCGCAGAAUGGAAACGCCACCCACAACUCGGUACCGUUGGCGAUCGAACUCUCCGCUGCUGUGCUCGGUACUAUGGCCACUUCUGUCACAAUCAGCAGCGGCGGUGGGGUCGGCGGCGGUAGCGGCGGGAACGCCGGUUCCAGCACCGACUUCAGCUGCACAGGUACCGUCCCCGGAGGAACCGCCAACGUGGUACGCGGCGAAUUUUUGCCGGCCUUCGGACCGGGACCAGUUGCCGGCGAAGAGAAAGAGAGGUCGUCCAGCCCUGUUUCAGUAGGAGGAGACUUCGUGUCCCUGGGAGAUUAUGAUCCAAGUACUGCUUUGUGCGAUUCGCCAGUUCUGUCCGACGCGCAGAUUCGUCGCCUUUCCAGCUGCGCAAUGGCGAUAUGUCAAAAAAUCCCUCGACUUCCACCAAAACUUGUACAAAAUAAAAAGCGAGUUUCAAAAGAGGUGCUCGAUCUUCUUUCUGCUUCUGCCGACACGCCUAAUCGUCUUGCCGAGUACCGCAAAUAUUCGGCAAUUUAUGGGCGUUUUGAUGCCAAGAGAAAACCGGACAAGGGUCUUUCUUUUCACGAGGUAUCUGUGAAUGAAGCUGCUGCUCAAUUAUGUUUGAUCAUGCCUUCACUUCUUACAAGACGUGAUGAACUCUUUCCAUUGGCACGGCAGGUAGUCAAAGAUGCCGGAUAUCAUUAUGCAAAGGCUAGUCGUAAGCGUGGAUUUGACGUGGUUGAUUCGCAUUCGCCACAGAGCAGUCCUACACAAAGCCCAUGUCCUGGUGAGGAUAAUGACGCAGAAGCUGAUGUCUUUUCAACAGCAAAGCAGUCAGAAGAGAAGAGGAAGAAGUCUGAAAGUGCGCAAGAGAAAGGCACGUAUCUGGAGCGUUGGGCGAGCUCAAUGCUCGCAUCACAGCAGUCAGCAUCAAACUCUCCCAGUGGCACGCAGUAAGACGCUGAAUGUAUAAAUCUGCAAAAUCAUUGUCCUAGCCGCCUAUGCAUUCUAUCCACUUCUUAAUUAUGCGUGCUUUGCGUUAUGUUUUUGCUCGUUUUUUGUAUCUGUUAUAUUCUUUUAUGGCUUAUUCAAAUGGAUUUCACACUGAUUUGUAUGACUUAAGUUUGACGCUGUCUGUCAUCGUUGUGAUAUUACUAUAUGUUCUCUAGUCCAUUUGUUCCUAGAAUUUUAUUAGGGUAUUUGUUAAUCGUUUAUCUGCACUUACUCUUAAUUUCUUCUUUUGCCGCGCCUAUGUACUUUGCUGAAUUUAGGCAUUGAUUCUAACCGCAAGGUUUACCGAUAGCUCUAGAUGCAUGUUUGCAUAGCUCCUACCAAGUAGGGUAUCAUCGAAAAACAUAUCUGCUGUUAAGCUUGGAGAAUCGGUGCCGACGUAUGCCGCUGACUCCCCUGCUUCUAAGUGGCCUCAUGUUACUGUUGUCACCUGUGAAACCUAUACACCACCGGGUGUCUUAGUCAGUGAUUUGAAAUGAUUACUUACUAGAAGUCGCUAGCGUCAACUUAAUUUCGAAGAUCAUUUCAAAUCUGGCUAUGAU